CUGCCCCGUAGAAACUUCACUUAUGCCCUCCAAGCAAAAGAUCAGAUAGGGACUUACUUCUACUACCCAUCGCUUGGACUCCAUAAGGCUGCUGGAGGAUAUGGGAGCAUCAAAAUCUACAGUCGUCCUCAAAUUCCUGUACCAUUCCCCCCACCUGCUGGGGAUCAUGUUGUACUUGCUGGGGAUUGGUACAAGAGAAGUCAGAGACAACUGAGAUAUUUUGUGAAUGGUGGUCACACUCUCCCCUUCCCUGAUGGCAUCGUUAUCAACGGUCGUGGUUGGAAUGGAUACACAUUCACUGUUGAACAAGGUAAAACAUACAGAUUCAGGAUAACGAAUGUUGGGACUGCUACAUCCCUCAACUUCAGGAUUCAAGGGCACUUGAUGAAGCUGGUGGAAGUAGAAGGAUCCCACACAGUCCAGAACACUUACUCCUCUCUGGAUGUCCAUCUAGGCCAGUCUUACUCAGUCUUGGUCACAGCUAACCAGCCACCAAAGGACUACUACGUUGUUGUCUCAACUCGUUUCACCUCCAAAGUUCUCACCAACACCGCUAUCCUCCAUUACCGUAACUCAGUCACAAAAGUUUAUGGUCAUCCCCCUGGUGGACCUACCACUGAGAUUGAGUGGUCUCUGAACCAGGCAAGAUCCAUCCGCCGGAACCUGACAGCAAGUGGGCCUCGACCCAAUCCACAGGGCUCUUACCA